AUGGCUGGUGGAAACGAAGUCAACCUAAACGAAUGCAAGAGAAUUGUCCCACUCAACACAUGGGUCCUCAUUUCCAAUUUCAAGCUCGCUUACAACAUUCUCCGCCGUCCCGACGGCUCCUUCAACCGUGACCUCGCCGAGUUUCUCGACCGCAAAGUCCCCGCCAACUCUUUCCCCGUCGACGGCGUCAUCUCCUUCGACCACGUCCACACUUCCACCAACCUUCUCACCCGAAUCUACAAACCAGCCCCUCUCGACCGCGCCCGUUACGGUGCCGUCGACCUAACGGAACCACUCAGCACGACGGAGACCGUCCCCGUUCUGAUUUUCUUCCACGGAGGCAGCUUCACUCACUCCUCGGCCAACAGCGCUAUCUAUGACACUUUCUGCCGACGCCUAGUCAGCAUUUGCGGCGUUGUGGUCGUCUCUGUUGAUUACCGGAGAUCCCCGGAGCAUCGCUACCCUUGCGCUUACGACGAUGGCUGGAAUGCUCUCUCUUGGGUCAAAUCGAGAGUCUGGCUUCAGAGUGGUAAAGACUCCAAUGUCUACGUUUACUUGGCUGGAGAUAGCUCAGGGGGCAACAUAGCUCAUAAUGUUGCUUUGAGGGCAACUCAGGAAGGUGUUAAGGUGUUGGGGAAUAUCCUUCUUCAUCCAAUGUUUGGUGGUCAAGAGAGGACUCAGUCUGAGAAGAGUCUCGAUGGGAAGUACUUUGUGACUGUACAAGAUCGAGAUUGGUAUUGGAGGGCUUAUUUGCCUGAGGGUGAAGAUAGAGACCAUCCAGCUUGUAAUCCCUUUGGCCCUCGAGGUCAUGCCCUUGAAGGACUCAGCUUUCCUAAGAGCCUUGUCGUUGUGGCUGGUUUGGAUCUUGUUCAGGAUUGGCAAUUAGCUUAUGUGGAUGGGCUUAAGAAGACUGGUCACAGUGUUAACCUUUUGUAUCUGAAGCAGGCUACGAUUGGGUUUUACUUCUUGCCUAACAAUGAUCACUUUCAUUCUCUUAUGGAGGAGUUGAAGAAUUUUGUGCACUCGAUAGAUGAUGAUAGUCAAAGCAAGUCAAGUCCUUUGCUUCUAACUCCAUUGCAACAGUAA